ACAGUUCAAGCUCACACAAAAGAAGCUAAAGGGUUGAAACGAUUUAAUGAUUUUAGCACACACUUGUACAUGAAAGCCUGGUUUCGCUGCUCUAACGCAGCUGAUGCACAUUUCAUAGACUUAGAAUUUUUGAAACAUUUAAAUUUGGUGAAAAAUGAAUGCAAAGAAAUCUCAAAAGCUGCAAGCAAUGGGUUGAAGAGGCAUCUGUGGUACUUAAACGGUAACAUAGUCAUGCUCACCCUAUUCAGCUGUCAUGUAAGCACAGAAGAUAAGGUUUUAAUGGUUGAUAAGUUGUUUAAAAUAGAUAAGCAUAUAGAAGAUGUAACCAAUGCUUCUAAACGAUUAAAGGAAGAAGAAAUUGGAAAUGUUAAUGAAAAAUCAUUGUAUGAUUUUGUUAAUGAAAAAUCUUGGAUGAUAUUUAAGUCAUUGAAUAUACAAGGCCAUUUCUUACAUUCGUCCCCAUCGGAAUGGAAGAAAUUUGAUUCUUACCAUGAUGGUGAAAAGAAAGUGAAAUGUUUAAAGACAGUAAAUGAUUGCGCAGAAAGGGGUGCAGCGCUCAUUACAGAUUACAAUAAACUGAUAACUAAAGAUGAAGAACAGAAACAAUUCUUACUUCAAGUUGUGGAAUCCUACAGGAAGAAAUUUAAGGACACUAAAAAAACCACACUUGUUCAAAAUGUAUGA